ACUUCCAUUACCAAACCUCUCAUUUUGUUAUCUUCAACUUCUUUUAUUUCACAUUCCACACUUGCUUCCUGCAACAGAAACAAAACAUCACCAUCCACAAUGAAAAACUCACCCAACAAACGCAGUAACCCUAAGAAUGAUGCAACAAAAAAGACGAGCAAAAGACAAAAGGAAGUUGGCACUCAUUCUGUGCAUGUUACACAACAAAUCAGUGAGACUCACAACAAGGAAAAAACAAUUGAGAUUCAUAUUCUUUCAUCAUCUAGCAGUAAUCCAACUAAAACGGCUGGCAAGGACAAUAGGGAUGACAAACAAGAUAACGACUCAACAGCGUCUUCACCUGUUGUGAAACAAAGAGAUCAUAGUAGAAGGUUUCCAGCAACAGAAAGGAAGACAAGGAAGUCCAACAUAUUAGAGACUCUGCGCGCCUCCUCCUCAGCACCACCAAAAUCCAACCUAAAAGGAAGAACAGAUGAUAGGGAUUUCAAGGAAAUUAGGAAAAAUCUUUUUUGCCGACCAGAUGAAGAAGAUGAUAGCGACUUCUACCUCAACUACCAUCCAGCGGCUAGUAUUGGAUAUGAAGGCCUUGAUAUUAAUUUUCACAUUCCCUCCUGGAUGUCAAUGACAUUCAAGCCAACUGCAGCAAUGAAUCUGAACGACUUAUGUGCUUACACAGCAGCCUACAUAUUUAAGGCUGAUCCUGAACAAUUGUUUGGUGACGAGGUUUUAGUAAGAACAACAUCAGGUGUAAUUGGGGAUAGACAAGCUCCGAAGUCUCUUAUGCCAAGAUAUCCUGUUGACCAGCAGAUUAUAAAUCUUGUUGUUGCAAGACAAAAUUGGGUGAUGAGUAUAUUACUGGAAGAGUAAAUACCAUCUGGUACAUGCCAACUGAGUUUCAGCAAUAUGCCUUGGAAACACAUCAAGGGGCUGACUAUGUGAGGGAGAUAUACCAAGCUAAGUUCAUGACACCAGGAGAUUAUGUUAACCGGAUGUUCAUCCCGAUGAACGACCAGGGAAGCCAUUGGUACCUUAUGGUUGUAGACUUCAACCAAAGGAAAUUGGUUUGGUUAGACUCUCUUCAUUGUGCUAGCAGAGACCAUUUUCGCCGGCGUGCAAUUCUGAGAAUGGCUAUAUUCAUCGAAGAAAUCUUGAUGCAUGAGUCCUAUGGUCAAGUUCUCCCUAGAUUUAACCAGGACAGGCUGGUAUCGACAUUCUCUCUUUAUCAACCACG